AUGGGUCAGUGGAAAGUGACCUCCAGCUGUCGGUCUGUCGCUGCUUGCUCUCUCUCCCACCCUGUCUCCCGUCUCCCCUCAACACCUGCUACUUCGCCUCGUCUCGGGUCGGACGAACUCAUGGCGCCCCAAAGCAGCUGCCGAGGCCGCGAGGACCAAACCCUAGCGUCCUCCGCUGCCGCUUCCCCUUCCCCUUCCCCUCGCCCCCCGGCGUUGGCACCUGCACCGGCGCUGGAGACGACGACGGUCGCCGACCUCACGGACCUCGUCCUGCAUGCCAUCCUCGUCCGCCUGCCCCCCGCCGACCUCCUCCGCGCGGCGCUCGCCUGCCACCGCUGGCGCCGCGCCGCCGUCCGCGCCCUCCCACGCGUGCCGCCCCUCCUCGGCUACUUCUUCCACCCCAAGGGCCCCGCCCAGCCGCCCCCGAUGCCGACGUCGGACAAGACCCACCACCCCGCCGUCUUCGUCCCGCUCGACGCCGCCUCCCUGCGCAUCUCCCUCGACCUCACCCCGGGCGCCGCCAGCAGCCUCUCCAUCCAGGACGUCCACCUCGGCCUCGUCCUCCUCCUCCCUCACGCGCGCCCCAAGUCGCUGCUGCCCCGCAUCCUCGCCGUCGACCCGGCGUCGAGCCGCUGCGUCCUGCUCCCGCCGCCGCCGCGCGACGCGCUGCCUGAGCCUGACCAUGUCGUCGAUCGCUGGCGCCGCGACAGGUGCGUCAUCGGCGUUGCCGUCCUCGCGCGCGCGCACCCGAGCAGGCUCACCUUCGACGCCGUCUGCCUCACCGUCGACGGCGCCCGCCCGCGCGCCUGGGUCGCGUCCGUCCGCGACGGCACCUGCGCCAGCUGGCGCGCGUUGCCCAGGGCCGAGGGCGUCGUCGUCGACUUCGACCCGUGGUGGUUCGAGGCCCGCUGCGUGCACGCCGCUGGGAACAUCUACUGGCACAUCUGCAACUCCAGCCGCGUGCUCCAGCUGGAUCCUCGCACGCUCGACUUCUCGUUCAUGCCCGUGCCUGCCGCCCUGGGGGAUGGCUUCAACAAGUACCGCGUCGGAGAGACGCCGGAGGACGGCCGUCUGUGCAUGGCGUCGAUCGUGGACGAAGAGCGUCUGCAGAUCUGGGUGCGUGGAGGAGAGCCCUGGUGGAGCGACAGGGGGUGGUGGAUGGAGAGGGAGAUUUGCAUGACCAAAGUGCUCGACACCGUGCCUGGGCUUCCCAAGGACAGGAUGAUGCGGAUGCUUUGCACCUGGCUCAGCGACAUGGACUACGCUCGCACCGGGAAGGUGUUCAUCACUACAUGGGGAUAUGGGCGCUACUCGUUCCAUCUGGAGACCGGCAAGCUGGAGCGCUUGGUGAUGAAAGAUGGCAAGGAGCACGGAGUUCCUAUCUAUGCCUACACCUUGGCCUGGCCGCUUGAGUUCCUCGCUGCUCCAACAAACUGA